UGGAGGCGCUAUAAACCAUUAGCUCUACAGCACACAAAUUCAAGUAACCAGGCAGUGUUGUGUUUGUCUUUCCUUCGAGCAAUGGCCCUGCUGACGUCCAGCAAGAUUUUGACUAGUAUCGGGGCUCAGGCCCCUGCUUUAGGAGCCCUGCAGCUCCGUGCGAGUUCAUGGUGGUCGGAGGUACAGAUGGGACCCCCUGAUCCCAUUCUGGGGGUCACUGAGGCUUUCAAACGUGACACCAACCCCAAGAAGAUGAACCUUGGAGUAGGAGCUUACCGAGAUGAUCAGGGCAAACCUUAUGUCCUCAGCUGUGUCCACAAGGCUGAGGCCCAGAUUGCAGCUAAGAAGUUGGAUAAAGAGUACCUUCCUAUUGGAGGUUUGGCCGACUUUUCGAAGGCCUGCGCUCAGCUGGCUCUUGGCCCUGAUAAUGAGGUCCUAAAGAGUGGAAGAAGCAUUACUGUCCAGACUAUCUCUGGAACCGGAUCUCUGCGUGUCGGGGCUAACUUUGUGUCUCGAUUUCACAACGCGGCCCGGGAUGUGUAUCUCCCAAAACCCUCCUGGGGAAACCACACGCCUAUCUUCCGGGAUGCAGGCAUACAGUUAAAGGCUUACACCUACUAUGACCCAAAAACCUGUGGCUUUGACUUCAAAGGAGCCUUGGAUGAUAUUUCAAAAAUCCCUGAGAAGAGUUUGAUCGUCCUGCACGCGUGUGCUCAUAAUCCCACAGGAGUGGACCCGAGGCCCGAGCAGUGGAAAGAGAUGGCUGCUGUGAUCAAGAAAAGAAAUCUCCUGGUGUUUUUUGACAUGGCUUACCAGGGAUUUGCCAGCGGGGACAUUGAUCGUGAUGCCUGGGCUGUGCGUUAUUUCAUUGAACAAGGGCAUAAUGUUAUUCUUUCUCAGUCUUUUGCUAAGAACAUGGGCCUGUAUGGUGAACGUGUAGGGGGGUUCACAGUGGUUUGUAAAGAUGCUGAAGAGGCCAAGCGCGUAGAAUCGCAGCUGAAGAUUCUUAUACGACCCAUCUACUCCAACCCACCCAUGAACGGAGCGCGUAUUGCCUCCACGAUUCUCAACACGCCCGAGCUGUACAAAGAAUGGCUUGAGGAGGUGAAAGGCAUGGCGGACCGCAUCAUAAGGAUGAGAGAGAUGCUUGUGUCUAACCUUAAGAAGGAGGGGUCCACUCACAACUGGCAGCAUGUCAUUGAUCAGAUUGGCAUGUUUUGCUUCACAGGACUAAAACCGGAACAGGUGGAGCGUCUGACUAAAGAAUUUUCUAUAUACAUGACGAAAGAUGGCCGUAUUUCUGUGGCUGGUGUGACCUCUGGAAAUGUGGGAUAUCUUGCGCAUGCCAUCCACGCUGUCACGAAGUAACACCGGCAUCUGAGGCUCUAGUGCCAGCAGACAGAGGGUUCAUUAGAAAUGCAUAAGCAAAAAGUAAUUUAUAUGAUUUAAAGUCCUCUGCUGCCUAUACUUUAGGACCAGAUGUGAAAUAGGGCUCAUGUAUAGACUUACAGUUCACUUGAUUUGGCAUAAGUAAUGUUAAUUAAAGACAGUCAAUUUGAGCCCCUUGAUGAACUAAAGCAAGAUUCUUGUUUUUAAACUCCUUUCAAAAUGUUUCAAAACGUAAAUGUUCAGUUAACCUUGUGUGAAAUUCAUGUUUUUGCAGUUUAAGAUAAAUAACUUUGUAAACCAGAGUAUUCAAACCUAAAUUUCUAAUCAUAGUGAAAUGACUGAAAAGAGUCUUGAAGAAUUCUUGAAGGACUGUAACCGGUUUAUGUUGUUAAUUUCAUCUGGUGGUGGUGGCUGUGCUAUUGCACUCUUUUUUUAAUCUGAUGAAUCGACAACACGGGACUCUUGAAAAGCAGCAUACUGUUCUUGGCCAUAUUUAGUUGUACAAGGCACUCAUUUCAUGAUGGGAAGUUGCUAUGUAGGCUCGCUACAAAUAAUGAACCACAGUAUGUGCUCUAACUGUGUUAUUAUGUAACUGAUUGUAAAGUUAUGUUACUUAUGUCUAGUAUCACCCAGUGUCACAUAAAUAAUGGCAGUACACAUUAGUAUUGUGCUCUAAUUUUGUCCUGGCUUAUGAAAUUAAAAUGUAUUUAUAAGUUCACAAAUUGUCAAUGCACAUGUCAUGUCGUUAUUAUCUAUGGACAAAUUAUGAUUCGUUUUAGAAUUAAAAUCCCUUUUGACACAAACUGUAACUGAUAUUACAGUGACAAAUAAUUCUUUAUGGAAAGCUUUACACGUUCAGUCGUAUGGGUGUUGAUGCAUCCAAUAAAUCUAUUGUCUGCUUAACUGGCCUACCUAAGGUUGUCAUCAACUAAAUAUUGGGAACUAGGUAUUAAUUUAGCUAAAACAGGUUGUGAUCAAGUUACUCUUCCAGUUCACUGUUUGUUGUAUUGAGUCUCAUUUAGCCUAAAACAAUGAUUUUUGAAAAACAGUUUGAAUAUCGAUAUAUUUGCAUUUUAUUCUUAAAGUAAAUAGUUUAUUACAUUUUUACCAGGACAAAUGUCAUCUGUUUAAAAAGGAAAUGUCACAAGGGGUAUGAGUCUUGCAUUUCAACAAUAAACCAACAAAGGUGUUUUGUGUGUGUGAUUUGUGCGU